AUGUGGAUGACACCCCUGCCAGCCCCCGGGUCUCCCGGAAUUGCUACCAAACAGCCCCUAAAGCCAGCGGAGCCCCAUGAAUCAACCAGCAACUGGACAGCCACGCCCCUGAAGGGUCCGCUCGUGCCCCAACUCCUUGGCAACCAGAGGGACGCUUUCUCCUUAGCUACCGGUGCGGCUGCCACCAAGGGUGAGGAAGAGGAAGUUACUGCACCCAUGGAGAAAGUUAUCCGGAUCCAGAGGGUGUUUAUAAACCUGCUGGAUUCAUACAGCAGCGGGAACAUCGGGAAGUUCCUGUCUAACUGUGUAGUCGGGGCUUCACUUGAAGAAAUCACAGAAGAAGAGGAAGAAGAAGAAAGUAAGUCAGCCAUGGAAGCCUCAUCCAAACUGAAGGACGGCACGUUCCAGAUCGUGGGUACGCUUUCCAAGCUCGAAGGCGUUCGGCCCAACUUUGCCGUGGAGACAUACAGCAACAUCUCUCGGGAGGACCUUCUCAUGCGCCUCCUGGAGUGUGACAUCAUCAUUUAUAACAUCACCGAGAACCCACAGCAAGCAGAGGAGGCCAUCUGGGCAGUCUCUGCACUGAAUGAAGAAGUCAGCCACUUCGAGAAGCGAAAGCUAUUUAUUUUGGUAUCCACGGUGAUGACCUGGGCACGCUCCAAACUCCUGGACCCCGAUGAUUCUGAGAUCCCGUUUACUGAGGAGGAUUAUCGAAGAAGAAAGCAACAUCCUAAUUUUCUGGACCACAUCAAUGCCGAAAAAAUGGUCCUCAAAUUUGGAAAAAAUGUCAAAAAAUUCGCGACUUACGUGGUUGCUGCUGGACUUCAGUAUGGAGUGGAAGGAGGCAUCUUACAUUAUUUUUUCAAGAUGGCUUGGUUGGGUGAGGUCCCUGCGUUGCCAGUGUUUGGAGAUGGAACAAAUGUAAUCCCAACAAUCCAUGUUCUUGAUCUAGCAGGAGUAAUUCAAAACAUAAUAGACCACGUGCCAAAGCUUCACUACCUGGUUGCUGUGGACGAGUCCAUUCACACCCUGGAAGACUUGGUCAAGUGCAUCAGUAAAAAUACUGGCCCUGGGAAAAUCCAGAGACUCCCCAAAGAAAAUGCUUUCCUAACCAAGGACUUAACACAAGAGUGUCUUGAUCAUUUACUGGUCAACCUGAGAAUGGAAGCACUUUUUGUGAAGGAGAAUUUUAACAUUCGAUGGCUUGCCCAAACGGGAUUUGUGGAAAAUAUCAGCAAUAUCCUCAAAGAGUACAAGCAAAGCAGAGGAUUAUUGCCGAUCAAGAUUUGCAUUCUCGGUCCCCCCGCUGUGGGAAAAUCUAGUAUCGCUGAAGCCUUGUCUAAACACUACAAACUGCAUCACAUUAAAUUGAAGGAUGUCAUUUCUGAAGCCAUAGCAAGACUGGAGACGAUCGUCACGCCUAAGGAUGAAGAGGAGGAAGAGGAAGAAGGCGAAGAGGAGGAGGAGGAGGAGGAGAACGUGGAUGAAGCUCAGGAGCUCUUGGACGGCAUCAAGGAAAGCAUGGAGCAGAACGCAGGCCGACUAGAAGAUCAAUAUGUAAUUCGAUUUGUCAAAGAAAAGUUGAAAUCUAUGCCUUGCAGGAAUCAAGGUUAUAUUUUGGAUGGGUUCCCGGAGACCUAUGAUCAAGCUAAAGACCUAUUCAGUCAAGAAGAUGAGGAGGAAGAAGAAGAAGUCAGAGGCAAAAUGUUGCCCUUUGAUAAAUUAAUCAUACCUGAAUUCGUUUGUGCGCUGGACGCGUCAGAUGAGUUCCUGAAAGAGCGGGUGAUGAACCUUCCCGAGAGCAUCGUGGCGGGGACCCACUACAGCCAGGACCGCUUCCUCCGGUCUCUGGGCAGCUACCGCAACAUCAAUACGGAAGACGAGACCGUCUUCAACUACUUUGAUGAAAUUGAGAUCCACCCGAUCCACAUCGAUGUCGGAAAACUCGAGGACCCGCAGAACAGACUUGCCAUCAAGCAGCUCGUCAAAGAGAUCGGGGAGCCUCGAAAUUACGGCCUGACGGACGAAGAAAAGGCGGCAGAGGAGCGGAAGGCCGCGGAGGAGCGGCUGGCCCGGGAGGCCCGGGAGGAAGCGGAACGUGAGCGCCGGGAGGCGGCGGAGACGGCAGAGAAGAUGGCACGCUGGGAGGAGUGGAAUAAACGACUAGAGGAAGUGAAAAGAGAAGAAAGAGAAUUAUUAGAGGCCCAGUCGAUUCCCCUGAGAAACUAUUUAAUGACCCACGUGAUGCCAACACUUAUGCAGGGUCUGAAUGAAUGUUGUAAGGUCCGACCGGACGAUCCCGUUGAUUUUCUGGCAGAGUAUCUCUUCAAGAACAAUCCUGAAAUACAGUGAAACUUUACAGAUCGCAUAUGAUAUACCUUUAUGGAGUUAGAGUUUAACACUGUAAUUUGAAACAUUUGCUUUAAAAAAAAUG